AUGAGUGGGGCCUUGGCAUCUACGUCAUACGAAUGUCAGGUGCAGGCCAACACUGCGGCUACGACUACAAAAGAGCUCGCAUUCCUUGUCUGCUGCAACCCAUCACCACAAGCAAAUUCACUCACCCCAUCACCUCAUCUAAAAACACAAACCCUCAUCACAAUGGCUUCUCUCCACUACCUCCCUCCCGUCAAGCCCUCUGCCAUCGCUCUCGGCACGGCCUUCAACCACGCUGUCUCCCUCGCCGUCCUUGGACCCGUCUUCGGUGACGCAUACCGCCGCGCGCAGCAGGCUAACUCCAAGGAGGAGUACUUCCACACCAAGGAGGCCGCUACCGCUGCCGCAUCGUGGGGUAGCUCUAUCCUCGGCUCUGGUAUCCAGGCCUACGGUGUCGGUGCUCUGAUCAACGCUACCGGAACUCUUACCUACAAGGGUGCUGCUUACCUCGGUUCCCUCAUCUUCUUCGCUUCCGCCGCUCCCUCAAUUGUCUCCCAGGUCGUCACCGAGAAGCGCCCCAUGGACACCAUCGCCGUCGGCGCUGUUGCCCGCGUCCUCGAGACUGUCGGCCUCAGUUUGUUCCUCACCUACUGGGGAACCCGCACCAACCCCUUCGACUAA